UGCUGGGGUCUGGCUGCGGCUGAGGCUGCGGCUGCGGUGCUGCACUUCCAGCUUCUGAGGGAACGAGACUGAGGCCUGGGCCAAGCCCGGCGCCGCUGCGGGACCGAGCCUCCUGGAGCCCCCGCGCCGGCUCAGCCUGGGGGCGGGCUCGAGCCCGGCCCGCCGUGGCACCCAGGACCGAGGCUGCAUGCACGAGGACCAGGCCGGUGCAGCCAUGGAGGAGGCAUCUCCCUAUUCCUUACUUGAUAUCUGCUUGAGUUUCCUGACCACUCACCUUGAGAAGUUCUGUUCAGCAAGACAAGAUGGAACACUGUGUCUGCAGGAACCUGGUGUAUUUCCACAGGAGGUGGCUGAUCGACUGCUUCAGACCAUGGCAUUUCAUGGUCUGCUGAAUGAUGGAACUGUGGGAAUUUUCAGGGGCAACCAGAUGCGCUUAAAGCGAGCUUGCAUUCGAAAAGCAAAGAUCUCUGCUGUUGCUUUUCGGAAAGCCUUCUGCCACCACAAGUUAGUGGAACUUGAUGCCACAGGUGUAAAUGCUGACAUCACCAUCACAGACAUUAUCAGUGGUCUUGGCAGUAACAAGUGGAUCCAGCAAAAUCUACAGUGCUUAGUGCUGAACUCAUUAACUCUCUCCCUGGAGGAUCCUUAUGAGCGGUGCUUUAGCCAGCUUUCUGGUCUUCGAGCUCUAAGCAUCACCAAUGUUCUCUUUUACAAUGAAGACCUGGCUGAAGUUGCCUCAUUGCCAAGAUUAGAGAGCCUCGAUAUUUCUAAUACCUCCAUCACAGACAUCACUGCUCUCCUGGCCUGCAAAGACCGACUCAAAUCUCUAACCAUGCACCACUUGAAAUGUUUAAAAAUGACAACUACCCAGAUACUAGAUGUUGUUCGGGAACUAAAACAUCUGAAUCAUCUUGACAUCUCAGAUGAUAAACAGUUUACAUCAGACAUAGCUCUUCGCUUACUAGAACAAAAGGACAUCCUACCAAAUCUCGUCUCCUUAGAUGUUUCUGGGAGAAAGCAUGUGACAGACAAAGCUGUUGAAGCCUUUAUACAACAAAGGCCCAGCAUGCAGUUUGUAGGUUUGCUGGCCACUGAUGCUGGCUACUCUGAAUUCCUCACUGGCGAAGGACAUUUGAAGGUAUCAGGAGAAGCCAAUGAAACUCAGAUUGCAGAAGCAUUGAAGCGGUAUAGCGAACGGGCAUUUUUUGUCCGAGAAGCUCUGUUUCACCUUUUUAGCCUGACACAUGUAAUGGAAAAAACAAAGCCAGAAAUUUUAAAGCUUGUGGUGACUGGGAUGAGAAAUCACCCAAUGAAUUUGCCAGUGCAACUGGCUGCAAGCGCCUGUGUAUUUAACUUAACCAAGCAGGAUCUUGCUGCAGGAAUGCCUGUCCGACUCCUGGCUGAUGUGACCCAUUUGCUGCUCAAAGCCAUGGAACAUUUUCCUAAUCACCAGCAGUUACAGAAGAAUUGCCUCCUUUCACUCUGCAGUGACCGGAUUCUUCAAGAUGUUCCAUUUAACAGGUUUGAAGCAGCCAAGCUUGUCAUGCAGUGGCUCUGCAACUAUGAGGAUCAAAACAUGCAAAGAAUGGCAGUUGCCAUCAUUUCCAUCCUGGCUGCCAAGCUUUCUACAGAACAAACUGCGCAGCUUGGUGCUGAGCUGUUCAUUGUCAGGCAACUUCUUCAAAUAGUGAAGCAGAAAACCAAUCAAAAUUCAGUGGACACUACAUUGAAGUUUACAUUGAGUGCACUUUGGAACCUCACAGAUGAAUCCCCAACUACUUGCCGACACUUUAUUGAAAACCAAGGGUUAGAACUCUUCAUGAGGGUUCUAGAGUCUUUCCCAACUGAGUCAUCCAUUCAACAGAAAGUUCUAGGACUUUUGGUAAGAUACAAACAUUUCCUGUUAAAUCCAAGCUGUAAUUAUUUUCUGUCUGAGGGAAACAAUCUCUUACAUAGUGUUGAAGUGGAAGUCAGUUAUUUUGCUGCUGGAAUUAUUGCCCAUUUAAUAUCCAGAGGUGAACAAGCUUGGACUCUGAGCCGUAGCCAGAGGAAUUCUCUUCUCGAUGAUUUGCAUUCAGCUAUAUUGAAAUGGCCAACUCCAGAAUGUGAGAUGGUAGCAUACAGAUCCUUUAAUCCAUUUUUCCCGUUACUUGGCUGUUUCACAACACCUGGAGUUCAGCUAUGGGCAGUGUGGGCCAUGCAACACGUCUGCAGCAAGAAUCCUUCAAGGUACUGCAGUAUGCUGAUUGAGGAAGGAGGACUGCAGCAUUUAUACAACAUCAAAGAACAUGAACAGACUGAUCCCCAUGUCCAGCAGAUUGCUAUAGCCAUUCUGGACAGCUUAGAAAAACACAUUGUGCGCCAUGGGAGGCCACCUCCCUGUAAAAAGCAGCCGCAGGCCAAACUAAAUUAAUAGCCAUAGGUAAUUGGAUAAUUGAAUGACAGGAAUCCCUUUUGUGAUUGGUUUAUUUGAAAUAGUUUACUCUCUGUGGUGUUUUGGGGGGUGCUAUGAUAAGAAACAUAAGAUCAGUUUGAGAUUGAUAAUGUACAAUACUGCCCAUGUGAACACUCUAAUUUGUCUUGUGGUUUUUAACUUAUGAGACAACAAAGGUCUCUUCCUUCAUCAUUGCCUUUUAGGAAAUUUUCCAUGUAUUUCAGUGUUUGAACUAACCUGUGCUUGAGAUUCUACAGUUUUAUGGUAAAGUUUGCACGAACCAUUAAGCCAGACUUUUCUGAUCUCAAAGUCCCUUCCAAUUAAUUUGCAGCUUUAGAUGAGCUAUUAAUCUGAUUUCUGGCACUGCUUCUGUUGUAAAUUUUAUACCACUUCUGUAUACAAUGCCUUUAUUCUCUGUGUAUCUGUUGUAAGAUGUCCUUCUUAGUAUGAAAGAAUGGAAAUCUGAAUUCUCUCUUUAUGGAAGUUACUCACUGUCUCAAGACUGGAUGGCUGGUAGAAAAAUAUAUUAGAAAGAAAAACUAUUAAGGAAGAACAGAGAUUAGGAACUAGGAAUUGCUAUCAUGGUAUAGUUUUUAAAACAGAACAGGCUACCCUUCUAGAGCCCCCUCUCUUCAGGCAGUGAACAGAAGCUGUUUUCCACAUUUGUGGCUGGAAGCAUAACUGCUAUUUCCUGCACAGUAACUGCAGGUUACUCAAGAAAUAUUUCCCCAAGUAUCACAGUAUAAAAUAUUACAACAUUCUGUAUUAAAUCCUGUCUGAGUCUCUAUAUGUUAUAUUGUUGAAAUGUGAAUUUAAAAACAAGUCACUGAUUAGAACUAGCUUUUCUUUUCCUUCUAUUUCAAAAUCAGUUUUGUUCAGUGGAAUAGAGACGCUCAGAGUGUUAACCUACUUAGUUAAAAUACAAUUGACAACAGUAAAUUUUGGCACAUAAAGUUAUAUUUGUGCUGGGAGUGUAGCUCAGUGGUAGAACUAUUUGGGCAAAUAGUUCGUGAGACCCUAUCUCAAAAUAAACCUUUACAAAAAAAGGGCUGGUGGAGUGGCUCAAUUUGAAGGCCAUGAGUUCAAACCCCAGUACCACAAAAAAAAAAAAAAAGUUGCACUUGGGAGACAGCAAGUCACCAAAAGACUUAAUUUCUAUUUAAAAUUUUAUUUUAAGGUAAAUAUGGUGGAUAAUCCCAGCACUUGGGAGGCUGAGGCAGGAGGAUCACAAGUUUGAGCCACAUAGCUCUCACACUGAUUGCAUUUUCUUCCUAGAUGGCCCAAAUAUUUCAAUAGAGAUUUUAAAUGGGAAACUUAAAUGAUAGUAGUUAUUCGGAGUGAAUCAUUUUAGAAAGAAGCUGGUUUCUUAAUAUGCUGAUCCUAUUUCUGACACUAUUUAUAUCACUAUCACGAUGAUUGAUGAAUUUUUGAGAAUUCUUCAUGGGGAUGAAAACUAAAUUAAACUAAAAAAAAAUACUUAUAAACAUGAAAAAACAUAUUAAAUUGUGGUUUAUUUCUCACCUAAUUUGUUUAGAUAUAAGGUGAAUUUUCACAAGUUGUUUACUUCAGAGGAAAUGGAAAAUUCUUUUAGAGGUUUUUUGGGGAGUUGUUUUGUUUUUCUGCCUUUUUUUUCUCAAUUUUAAUGUCUUAAGGCAAAAUUCAGAAAGUAGAAUGGCCUGCAAUAGCUUGAAAUUUAACUAUGUUGACAUUUCCAGGUCUACUUUUGUAGCUAAAAGAAGUACUAUUUGAAAAGUUAGACUUACAUUUCUAUUUUAUAUUACCUUUCCAGACAAAAGUGCAUGGCCUAAAAUGUACAGAAAACAGUAAAUCCCCCACACACCAUUUAUUUAUUUAUUUAUUUUUGGUGGGCAUGGGGUUUGAACUCAGAGCCUUGCAUUUGCUAGGCA